CACAGUGCUCUUGCGAAGCGUAGACACCGGCGUUUCCAUCCUCCCGAUCGCCGCCGAUGGAAACUGCCGCCGCUGGCUCGCGCCGCCCGCCGGCCCUCCGCCUCCUCUGCCCUAAGAAGUCCGUUCUCUCCUCCCCCUUCCCAUCCCUCCUCUGGCUCGUCGGCUCCCCUCGCUUCCUCCAGCCCGUCACCGUCGCUGCCGCCCUCCGCUGCCUCCGCUUCCUGUCUGACGACGGCCCGUUCUCCCCCGAUCUUCCCCACGAAGCAGACGAAAUCCGUGGAUUACUCGUGAGGGGGUUCGACAUCGUGGGGGGCCUGUUCGUCGGGAGCGCGAAUUUCGAGUCAGAUGCCGGCAGAGCGCUGGAACUGGCCGGGGAGCUGAGGGAGCGGCUGUUCGGCGAAAGGGCGAGCCAUGGCAUGGUUGGUGGCUGCGUGGAUGCGUCCACCGGGGACAUUCGGUUUCUUGUUUCGGAGAGUGGCGGGUCAGAAGUUGUGGAAGGGCAGGAGGUGCUGUGGGGGGAUGAGCCGGGGAGGUCGCUGCUGGAGAAGGGCUGCCUUCUGCGCUGCGAGCUGCAGCUGCAGCUGCCACUCUAUCUUCCUUCGGAUGAGACGAUGUCUGGCAUUGAAGCGAGGUUUUCUUCACUCAUUGAAUCUACAGCUGCUAACCUCAGAAGUCCUCAUGUUUCUUACCUAGUUGAAGGCCCGACUGCAACAUUUGACGAAUCACACCAUUCAGUUAUCUUACAUGGCAAUAAUUUGAAUUCUGUUUCCCAACUACCCAUCAACACAAACACAAACAAGUGCAGUGCCAAAAUUGUAUCCUGUUCAGAAUUCUUACCGACAAAGAGGCAUGACCUCUCCUCAAUAAGGGAGAAUGCAGAUGCAAUUCAGAUAACUGUCCUAUCCAAUCAAUCAUUGAACAUCUCAAAGGCUGGCUCCCCUGCCCCUAUGUUAAAGUACUUUCCAGCACCAGCACCAGCUAGCCUGAGAGUAAUCGACCUGAAGCUAGAUAUAUUAUGCUACAGUUCUAUGGAUCUUCCUGUAGCCGUUGCUGUAUCUGAGCUAGUUAUUCCGGGAUUAGCUGAUCAGCUAAGCAUUAUGAAGAAGGCUAUCGUCUCAGCGCUCUUAACUCAACAGCCUAAGCUUUGUCCGUACCAUUUUAUUCCUCCUGGGUUGCUUAUUCCUCUAACAGCUAUAUACGACACAAGAUACGGGGAGAUUGAGGAAAAGCAGAGUGAACUGAGAAGAAAUCUGCACUUCAGGCUUGGUCUGCCCUUGGAUCGUCCUUUAUUACGGACUUCUAAUGCACUAACUUUUGGUGCCAUGGAAAGGCGAGAUAGAAGCUCAUCUAAAAGUGGUUCCUCAUUGCUUCGAGAUGUCCACAAAGAAAUUCCAUCUAGUGGUGUAUCUGGAGGAAUCAUGUCAUUGAUUGAGGGUUCAUAUGAGUAUUACCAUUACCUACAUGAUGGUAUCGAUGACAAUGGAUGGGGAUGUGCUUACCGUUCUCUACAAACAAUCAUGUCUUGGUACAGGCUACAACAGUAUUCGUCUAUAAAUGUUCCUUCACACAGGGAGAUCCAGCAAGUUCUUGUUGAAAUUGGUGAUAAGGAUCCAUCAUUUAUUGGAUCUCGGGAAUGGAUUGGAGCGAUAGAAUUAAGCUUUGUGCUUGACAAACUCCUUGGUGCUAGUUGCAAGAUAAUUAACGUGAGAUCUGGUGAUGAGCUUCCUGAGAAAUGCAGAGAACUUGCGAUACAUUUUGAAACCCAGGGAACUCCUGUAAUGAUUGGUGGUGGAGUUUUGGCUUAUACCCUUCUGGGAGUUGAUUACAACGAAGCCAGCGGUGAUUGUGCUUUUCUCAUCCUUGAUCCACACUACACUGGUAGUGAUGACCUCAAGAAGAUUGUUAAUGGUGGGUGGUGCGCGUGGAAGAAGUCUGUCGACAGCAAGGGUCGGAGCUUCUUCUUGAAGGACAAGUUCUACAACCUCCUUCUGCCCCAAAGGCCCAAUAUGGUGUGAGAACCGGAUAAUUUUAGAUCAAGCAUUCGCAUAGUGACUGGGUUGUGACUUACAUUACAACAAUAGGCGUUGGCCGAGUCCAUAGAUAUUGUAUUUCCAGCAUGAAUAGAUUUUCAGCAAUAUCGUUAUUGAGGCUGCAUGUAUCUCUUAUUGAUGCAUUCGCAUGUGUAUGUAGCACAAAUUUGAUUUAUUUUUUUAUAACUUCACCAUUAUGGCGGGUGAAGAACACUCUUGUUUUGUGUCA